CUACCUGCAUGGCCCGGCGCUGGCCCGCGCUCCGAGGGCGGCGGGGCGGGGGCGGAGGGCAGGGGAGGGGAGGGGCCCGGCGGCGGGGCCGUGCCGCGGCGGGGCAGCCGGGCGCAGCACGGUGGUAGCCGCGGCCGCAGAGGCUGGUGGAGGGCGGCGGAAAGUCACCGCGCCGCCCUCGCUUCAGCCGAGCCGCAGGUGGGGCGGGGAGGGGAGCGGAGGCGCCAUCCCCCCGCCCCCGGGGGGCGCUGCGAUGAGGCAGCGGGCGGCGGCGGCGGGCAGGAGGUGCCGCCGCUGCCCUGAGGUCGCGGCGGCCCGCGGGCGAUGGAUGGGGAGGGCGAGGCGGAUCUCUCCAGCGACACGGCGGCGCCGCGGUGCAAGACGACGUCGACCCCCCGGCUGCAGCCCUGCGCCUGGAGCAAGCCCCGGCCCCAGUCGUACCAGACCGCCAACGGGGUGCUCUUCACCGACUUUCCCGUGGAGGACAGGUGCACCUUCACCGUGACUCAGCCCGCCGGCACCGUCAGCACCUGCCCAGGCAGCGGAGCGCUGCGGAGGGGCCCCUCAUUUUUCAGUUCCAGCAUGGGAUCGGUGUCCAACGGGAAGGUACGGCCUCCAGCCUGCCAGGCCGUCUCUCCUGAGCGGUCCCCCCAGGCGCUCGCUCUGGUUUCGAACAGUCCUGUCGGUUUUACUGCCAACGGCACCAUUACCUCACCGGGCAGCCAGCUGGGUCAUCCCCCGAGGACUUCCAGUCAGUCAGCACUUACACCGCAGCAAGAGCGGAUUGUUUUUACAGGCAGCCCUCAGCCCUCACCUGCUGGAAAGGCGCCUUCCCCCAGUAACAGCAACGCGGCAGCGCUGCCCUUGCAAUGCAACCGGAUUUCUAAAAUAGCAGAAAAAGUGCCGCAGGGGCCCCCCGCGGUGUCCCAGGCGAUGUCCCCAGCACAAGGCAUAGCUCCUCAGAGGCCUGCGUCCACUCAGGAGCAGCCCGUGGAGCAGCAGCCCGUGGUCCUGAGCACCAACAGCCCUGCUGCUCUCAAGGUGGGCACGCAGCAGAUCAUUCCCAAGAGUUUGGCUUCUGAAAUAAAGGUGACGAGCAAAGCCAACAGCCAGAACGCAGAGACGAGCAAGAGGGUGCUGAAGGUCCGCAGCAUGGUGGAGAGCCUCAGCGUGCCUUUGGUGGCCGAUGCUGAGGAGGAGGCUGAGGGUGACCUGGACAGCCCGGGGACCCUGCGGCGUGGCCUGAGGUCGACGUCCUACCGCAGAGCGGUGGUGAGCGGCGUGGACUUCGACAAUUCUUCUAAUUUUAAGAAAAAAAACAGAAUGUCCCAGCCCAUACUUAAAGCAGUUGUUGAAGAUAAAGAGAAAUUUUCGAGCCUGGGGAGGAUAAAGAAGAAAAUGCUGAAAGGACAAGGGACGUUUGAUGGGGAAGAAAACGCUGUAUUAUAUCAGAACUAUAAAGAAAAAGCUCUGGACAUAGAUUCUGAUGAAGAGUCUGAGCCCCGAGAGCAGAAAUCGGAUGAAAAGGUUGUUUUUCACUAUAAGCCCCUGAGAUCAACAUGGAGUCAGCUGUCUGUUGUAAAGAAGAACGGAUUAUCGGAAGCAAUCAGCCAGGAAGAAAGAAAAAGACAGGAGGCGAUAUUUGAAGUGAUAUCUUCUGAGCAUUCUUACUUGCUGAGCUUGGAGAUUCUGAUCCGGAUGUUUAAAAAUUCCAGGGAACUGAGCCUCACAAUGACCAAAACGGAGAGCCAUCACCUUUUCUCCAAUAUCACAGAUGUUUACGAAGCAAGCAAAAAGUUCUUUAAAGAACUUGAAGACAGACAUCAGAACAACAUCUUUAUUGAUGAUAUUAGUGAUAUAGUUGAAAAGCAUACUUCUUCAACAUUUGAUCCGUAUGUAAAAUACUGCACUAAUGAAGUCUAUCAGCAGCGAACACUACAGAAAUUACUAGCCACAAAUCCAGCAUUUAAAGAGGUGUUAUCACGGAUCGAGUCCCAUGAAGAUUGCCGGAAUUUACCAAUGAUCUCUUUCCUCAUUCUUCCCAUGCAGAGAGUCACUCGUCUUCCCUUACUGAUGGAUACAAUUUGUCAGAAAACUCCUAAGGAUUCACCAAAAUAUGAGAACUGCAAGCAAGCUCUAAAAGAAGUGAGCAAGCUGGUGCGUUUAUGCAACGAAGGUGCUCGAAAAAUGGAAAGGACAGAAAUGAUGUACACAAUCAACUCCCAACUGGAAUUUAAAAUCAAGCCAUUUCCAUUGGUUUCCUCUUCACGGUGGUUAGUGAAAAGGGGUGAAUUAACAGCGUAUGUAGAAGACACUGGACUUUUUUCUAAAAGAACUUCUAAACAGCAGGUGUACUUCUUCCUCUUUAAUGAUGUCCUCAUUAUCACCAAGAAGAAGAGUGAAGAGAGUUACAGUGUCACAGAUUACUCUUUAAGGGACCAGCUGGUGGUACAACAGUGUGACAGUGAGGACCUGACUUACUCUCCCAUAAAGAACACCUCAACCAUGCUCUACUCGCGGCAGAGUGCUGCAGCUCACCUCUUCAGGCUAGCGGUCCUCAGUAACCACGCAGGAGAGAAGGUGGAGAUGCUCUUGGGAACAGAGACUCCGAGCGACAGAGCUCGCUGGAUUACUGCGCUUGGGCAGGACCAAGACCGGCAGAAAACCGACAGGACAACCUUGACUCAGGUAGAGAUCAUCAGAACUUACACAGCAAAGCAGUCAGAUGAACUGUCUCUUCAAGUUGCUGACGUUGUUUUGGUUUAUCAAAAAGUAAAUGAUGGCUGGUAUGAAGGGGAACGAUUGCGGGAUGGCGAAAGAGGUUGGUUUCCCAUGGAGUGUGCUAAAGAAAUCACGUGUCGUGCCACGAUUGACAAGAACAUGGAACGGAUGGGACGCUUACUCGGACUUGAAACCAACGUGUAGACAUUCUGCUCCUCCAGACCCUGCCGCAGGAUUUGCACUAACUCUGGCAGCAGGGGGGUGCAGUUCCAUGCCCUUCAGCUCUUGCCUGGGAGAUUGGGGCUCACCAAUGCAAAAAGUCUAGUUAACAGAGCACGGGUGUUUUGGCUACUCAUCCCUUUUUGUUUUGUGUUUUGAGAGCUCUGAACUGAAACCUGGCUUGACCUGUAGCAGAUUUCAACUAGAAGUAGCGUAUUAGGCACUGGACAUCAGCCGUGCAUGUCCUUCACUCACAUUUCAGUUCCAACUUGAGUUCCUCUAUCCCUGCCUCUUCAGGUAGUCUUUCUCCAUCUGUUUUUGAGCAGCUCGACUUUCUUGCGGAAGCAGAACUCGGUGUAGCAGUCAGCGCAAGUGACCGAAGACCAGAAACUCACCCAAACCGUCGAGCUGGAGGUGAACAGCAGAACGGGGGGGUGUCCUGCUCUCAGGAAACUGCAGUGCCCCAUUCACAGUAUGGAGCGUGCGGCAGAACCGGUGUGGGCCCCGACCAGCCCUGUAGUUCAUAAAGAAGUAAUUAGCUCUCUAAUUGAUGUUGGCAAAGCUGACACAAGCUCCAGGGCAGACUCCAGAGCGGUGCCUCCUGUGGUGGGGGAACAGGCACCAAUACUUACUCAGGCAGCUCAGACUUUUUCACCUUCUAGUGCUGCAGAGGUGCAAGGAUUGCUGAAAGCAUGAAUGAGGUCCCAAAUGUUACAAAAUAGACCAUGUUGAUUAUAUUGUUCUCAGAACUGUUUUAGCACAGGUAUUUUAAAGGCACAGAACUACUAGAAAUGUGUUUAACUUGGUCUUCAUAUUAAAUUGGUGCUUCAGAGCAAGGGCAAGGUGAAAUACUGUGCUGGGUUUUGUUUCAGAGUUUUUGGGUUUUUUUUUUUUAGUCUUUCUGCUUUUCUGUACUAGAGAUUAUUUCCUUCCAUGGAGGCAAACAGUUCAACUGAACCUGAGUUUCCCUCCAUCUUUAGCACGUGUUAGGAUCCCCUCUGCAUUCACGCAGUGCUGACUGACCACCACUGAGGAACAACGUGGAAGGGGAGAGCUCAGUGCCUGGCAGAAGUUGGUGUUUUGUUCUCUUUGCCUUCCCCUGCUGCAGUGGGACGGGUGGCACUGGCUGCCUCAGGCAAGAGCCAGGGAGGGAAGGGCGAGCGAGGGGUAGGUAGAACAGUCCUGAGCCCGUGCUUUCAGCAGAGCUCCCCGGCUGCUGCUUCCCCCUACGCGGCUCUGCUCGAGGGAGGAUGUUGCACACUUGCACUACACACAACACCCGCAGUUUAGCUUUGGAAUUUCACAGCAAGAACCAACCACAUAACGUUGUGUGAACAAAAUGCACUCAAAAAUGAAGUAAAUGUCAGUGCAUUGCGUCUGUAUAUAGGUGUGACAGUUUGUAUUACAGAAACCUUCACCUUUUUAAGGACCAGCUGACAACUCAGCAGGGUAGAAAUACACAGUCAAUAAAACUGAGGGAAAAACGUGUAGGACAAAGGUUUUCUGCUUGUUGCAUUCCCUGUCUUUUUUAAAGGGGUUGUACGUAGUUUUAUAUACUGUAAUAUGUUGAUUCAAUUUGUGAAUUAAUUGGAUGUUUAUAAAGAAGUAUCUCUGUAACAAUUUAUAUUAAGGAGGCAAUAAUUUUGUACAAAACUACUUACCUUGACAGUCUGACAGUGGUUAUACAGCCUUGUAAAUUAAUUUAUAAGUGGACUGAUAAAAUAGCAAUGAGAAAAACUGUAAAUUGAACAGAGACUUAUUUAACAUAGUAAAAAUACUGCUAAUAUUUUAAGAAAGAUGUUUAACACAUAACUGAAUGUAUAAAUCCAGACAUUAAUUUUAUUCAGAUUUUUUUUAAUAAUUGUAUAUAUUUUUCAUACCUAGUUUUUCCAAAAAAAUGCUGUAAUGUUUUUUAAAGACCUUUUUCAUUUUUCCUAUUGUCAGACAUGGUUCUUCAGGAGUUAAAAACUUCUAUGAUUUUAUAGGACAACAAUCAAUAAAAUACUUCUAAGUCCUUAACUAGAAAAA